AUGCUGGACUCCCUUCCGGACGUCGAGGCGCCAGAAGGCGCGUGCGUUGUCUGCCGCGACGACUUCGAGGAAGGAGGCCGCUGCGUGCGGCUGCCGUGUGGCCACCAUUUUCACCGUGCAUGCGUCGCACCCUGGCUCCGCCGCCACGCCACCUGCCCAACCUGCCGUGCAGCGGUGGGCGAUGCGGCAUCUACCCCGUCUAGCACUGCGGCCGAACCUGACGCCUCCAGCCCAACGUCAGCGGCCGCGGUCCCCUCUCCUGCCAACAACAUCAUCUCGCAGAUGCUUGCACGUCUGUCCCCCCAGGGCACGGGGCCGCGAGUUGGCAGCGAUAUGGGCGACAGCGUGCCGCUGCUCGCGCACAUCUUCCAGUUCCAAUCCCCACCCCCUCCCGACAGCGAGAGUUAG